AGCAUGAGCAGUUGUCAAAUUUUGCCGCUACCAACAACAACAGUCCCCGCACAGAGUCGCAAUUUUCGCGUGGAAACUGUAAUUUUCACUUAAAACCAUGUCUAUUGGCGUACCAAUCAAAGUGCUGCACGAGGCCGAAGGCCAUGUGGUGACCUGCGAGACCAUCACCGGCGAGGUGUACCGUGGAAAGCUGAUCGAAGCCGAGGACAACAUGAACUGCCAAAUGACGCAGAUCACCGUGACUUACCGGGACGGACGCGUCGGAAAUCUGGAGAACGUGUACAUCCGGGGCUCGAAAAUCCGCUUCCUCAUACUGCCGGACAUGCUGAAGAACGCGCCCAUGUUUAAGAAGCAGGGCGCCAAGACGGGCACUGCCGGACGAGGCAAGUCGGCUAUACUGCGAGCACAGGCGGCCCGAGGCAGAGGUCGUGGAGCGGGAGGCGGCGGAGGAGGUGGUCGAGGCGGUAACAAAGGAGGAUGGCAAGGGCAAGGACAGCAAUCUUCCGGCCGUGGACGCGGAGGGUUGUAGAAACAUUUCGUCUACACUACUUCUAUCCUUUAGUUUGUAAGCAAGCAUUUUAGGAACUCGGCAGGCGGCAGGCAGGAGCUCGUCACAACAUUUGCAUCCAUACAGCGUAAGAAAAUGAUGCCGAUAAGGAGGCAAGACGUCCGGACGGGUAGCUUUCCGGUAGAGUGAAAAUACACGAAAUGUAACAUGCGGCGAGCGUGUAGGAUAACCACAUACUUCAUUAGAAAACUUUCUAGAAAUGUAAUUUGCAUUAAAGUGAAGUGAAUACAAUCGAACUCAAUGAAAC